AUGGACGCCAAAGACCCAACAACGCACCAACACCUCGAAUCGAGAAUCAAUAACCUCAAUGAUCACGAUGCGCAGCUAUAUCAGUCCUUUGCGUCCAGAGAUGCGGAGUGGCACGACCAUAUGACGAAGCAGUUAUUGAGAAAGGUUGAUACUAGGUUGCUUCCUAUAUUAGUGUUGAUGUAUUUAUUGAACUUUCUGGAUAGAACGAAUCUGGCGCAGGCAAGACUGGGGACGUUAGAGAAGGAUCUGAGGAUGGAUGGUACUAAUUUCAACACUGCUACGAGUGUUCUGUUCGUCGGCUAUAUAUUAAUGCAACUUCCCUCCAAUCUUCUCCUCACACGUCUCAGACCCUCAAUAUACCUCGGGACUGUAAUGGCAGUAUGGGGCGCAAUUUCCGCAGCUCAAGCUGGUGCUCACAGCUACGCUGGUCUUGUGGUUGCCCGCUUUUUUCUAGGAGUUGUCGAGGCGCCAUUUUUCCCAGGUGCGCUGUUCCUGAUGUCGAGUUGGUACAAAAGAGAUGAAUUGGCACAUCGAUACGCAUUCUUCUAUGCUGGGUCCGCGUUAGCAAACAUGUUUGGCGGACUCCUUGCAGCGGGAGUAUUAGGAAAUCUAGAGGGUGCUCACGGAAUCUCAGGAUGGCGGUGGUUGUUCAUCAUAGAGGGCGUCAUCACAAUCGGGAUCGCAAUAGCCUCCAUCUUCCUCCUCCCCGACUACCCGGCCACCACCAAAUGGCUCACCCCCGACGAGCGGAACUACGCACAAUGGCGCCUUAUCUCCGACACCGGCGAAGCCGACCACGCCGACGGCCUCCCAAUCUGGCAGGCCAUCAAACUCAGCUUCACCGACUAUCGCCUAUACCUGUUCAUUCUGCUGCAGCACUGUAACCUCCUCUCCCAGUCCUUCACCUACUUCUUCCCGACCAUCGUCAACACGCUCGGAUACCCGCGCGUCACCACGCUUCUGCUUACGGUGCCCGUGUGGUUCGCUACAUUCUGCGUCUCCCUCGCCGUCACCAUUCAUGCUUCGAGAACAAACGAGCGCACAUGGCACAUUGUGAUCCCUAUGAUGGUGGCAUGCGUGGGGAAUGUGAUUGUGACAUCGACGACAAACACAGGGGCAAGGUUCUUUGCAAUGUUCUUGAUGCCCAUGGGGGCGCUGCCGGCCUUUCAGGUGAUUCUGGCGUGGGUGGCGAACAGCUUUCCAAGGCCGGCGCGGAAGAGGGCGGUGUGUAUGGCCUCGGUUAAUAUGCUCGGGAACGUCGCAUCAAUCUAUGGACCGUAUAUGUACCCGUCGACGGAUAGUCCAAGGUAUCUUGCAGGCGGGAGUGCGACGGCGGGUGUCUGCCUGGCUUGUGCGGCGAUGGCGCUCGCGGUCAGAUUCUGUUUGAAGAGAGAGAACGCGAAGUUGGAGAUGGCGGAGGAGCGGGAGGAUGAAGAAGGGGCGGCAGUUGGGCAGGGCGAGGAUGUGAGGGCAGCCGGAUUUAGAUAUAUUAUUUGA